AUGAUACGAAAGCCUCCUUUUCUCCGUUUCUUCAGGAUGGCAUUCUUCAAAUAUCUUCGCUCUGUUAAGAAUGAGAUUAUCCUUUUCUCAACUCCAUUACUUCUUCUUCCACUGCCUUUAGUGAUCGGGACAUCGGAAGCAGAAUGUGCCUUUGUGAUAAUCAUGAUGGCAGUUUACUGGUGCACAGAGGUCCUACCACUGGCAGUCACUGCUCUUCUCCCAGCCAUCCUUUUCCCUUUGUUUGGCAUCAUGCAAUCCAAAGAUGUGUGUAUGCAGUACCUGAAGGACACAAACCUGUUGUUUGUGGGGGGGCUGAUGGUUGCUGUUGCCGUGGAGCACUGGAAUCUGCACAAGCGCAUCGCCCUGAGGGUGCUGCUCUUUGUUGGUGUGCGUCCAGCGCUUUUGAUGUUGGGCUUCAUGGGUGUCACAGCCUUCUUGUCCAUGUGGAUCAGUAACACAGCUACCACAGCCAUGAUGGUGCCUAUUGUGCAAGCAGUGCUGCAGCAGCUCAACAACAGUGAGGACGAGAUACCUCAGAUCCUCAGCUCAGAAGAGCCGGAGCAGACAUCAGAGACUGACAGCAAACAGGCUCCACAGGCAGAAAAGCAGAGUGAGGGACAAGGACCCGUGGUGGUGACUUUAUUGGAUGCCGCAGUAGAGGAUGCCAUGCGUAAGGAUGCAGAGGAAAAGAUGAAAAUGUGUAAAGGGAUGACCUUGUGUGUUUGUUACGCUGCCAGCAUUGGAGGCACUGCCACGCUGACAGGAACCGGUCCCAAUCUGGUGCUCAAAGGCCAGAUGAACCAACUCUUCCCUGAAAAUGGAGAUGUGAUUAACUUUGCCUCCUGGUUUGGCUUUGCCUUCCCUAACAUGAUCAUCAUGCUCACGCUGGCCUGGCUUUGGCUGCAGUUUGUCUUUAUGGGAUUUAACUUUAAGAAGACGUGGGGUUGUGGGGCUGUGAAGACAGAAAAGGACAUCGCUGCUUAUAAUGUGAUCCGUGAGGAGCACCGUCGGCUGGGGCCCAUGUCCUUUGGAGAGAUAAGUGUCCUGGGUCUCUUCACACUGCUGGUGGUGCUGUGGUUCACAAGAGAGCCAGGCUUUGUCAACGGCUGGGCGACAAAUAUCUUCAACUCCAAAGCAGAGUAUGUGACAGAUGCCACAGUGUCAAUCUUCAUUGCCAUCCUUCUUUUUGUUUUACCCUCAAAACCCCCAAGUUUCUGUUCGUGGAGGACUAAACGUUUUGACACAGCACCCCAUCAAAAUACCGGGCCGACUCCUCCUCUGCUCACCUGGAAAGUUGUUCAAAAAAAGUUACCGUGGGGCAUUGUGCUUCUUCUUGGUGGAGGUUUUGCUCUUGCCAAGGGCAGUGAAGUAUCUGGACUCUCAAAGUGGAUGGGAGAUCAAAUGACUCCCCUGCAACACAUCCCUCCCUGGGCAAUAGCUAUCAUCUUAUGCCUGCUGAUUGCUACCUUCACAGAGUGCACCAGUAAUGUUGCCACUGCGACGCUCUUCCUACCUGUCUUAGCCUCAAUGUCUCAGUCCAUUGGAAUCAAUCCACUGUACGUCAUGGUGCCUUGUACGCUGAGUGCCUCUUUUGCUUUCAUGCUGCCUGUUGCCACGCCUCCAAACGCUAUAGUCUUCUCUUAUGGAUACCUCAAGGUUUCUGACAUGGCUAAGACAGGAAUAGUCAUGAACAUAAUUGGCAUCCUUUGUAUAACACUGGCCAUUAACACCUGGGCCAAGGCCAUGUUUGACCUGGACACCUUCCCCGCCUGGGCCAACGUCACCAGGGUGUGAGCUUGGUUCUGCCAGAGAAGAAGAUCCAUGCACAGCCUGCUCUCCCUACACCGGCGCCAGACCAAGACCUCUGGUCAGAGCCAUAGCACAGGAGCACAUGGUGGACCGCAAGCGUCCAAUCGCUGUUAGAGUACAACGCCCUCGAGGCUUGUUCUCAUUGACACCUGAGUCUUGCUUGUAAAAGAAAGUGGCUAUGAAAAUGGUUGGGAAUGACUGACAUUUAAAACAAUGUUUUAUAUUUUAUUAUAAUGAAUUUACACUUAAAAGAAAAAUGCAUUACAUUCAUGUACCAGUAUAAAAAUAAAACAUAUAGGGUCUGUGUAUUCAAAAUUUAACAGCCAACAAAUGGGCUGUUAAUAAGGUCAAAGUUAAUUGAAAUGUUUUACAUAGAAAGGUAACCACAUCUAAAAAAGCCAUUCAUCAUAAUAUAAGAUCGUUACUUUGCACAUUAACUCAAGUACUGCACUUACACAUACAUUUUUGAGAUAUAAAGAUUAACAUUUG